AUGGCAUCUGCUAGCUUUCAGUGGCACACAACUGACACUUACAACUUCAAGAGAAAGGAAGCUGCACCAGUCUAUCAACCAGAGAGCAACAACCCAUUGGUAACCCAAAUGGUAGCUCUCACAAAGCAACUGGAGUGUUUAAUGAGAGCACAAGAUCAACCCACAAAGUCGGCGCAUAAUACAGAGCUUGAUCAGGAGGAGGCGAACUUUAUGGGUAAUAAUUAUAAUUCAGGAUGGCGCAAUAGCAAUACAAAUCCUUGGGGAAGUUGCCAAGGAAAUCAGAAUGCGCCCUAUCGACCCCCUCAUGUGCAAAAUCAAGGGGAGAAGCUAGAAAGAAGAGAAGCUCCUAGAUUCCAAUCCAAUUUUCAAGAACAGAUGAUGCAAUACGUGCAUAGCUCUGACAAGAGAAUAGUAAAACUUGAGGCACAGAUGGAACAACAGAUUGAGAGGGAAGAUAAGAGAAAACUCCACAUCAAUAUCCUUUUUGUUGAAGCCAUCUCACAGAUGUCUAAAUAUGCUAAAUUCCUCAAAGAGAUGCUAAGCAACAAAAAGAAAUUGGAAGAAUUUGAGAUAGUCAAAUUGAAUGAGGAGUGCUCAGAAAUAUUGCUAAGGAAGCUGCCACCUAAGCUUAAGGAUCCAGGGAGUUUUACGAUUCUGUGCACUAUAGGCAAUUCUUAUUUUGAUAAAGCGCUAUGUGAUCUAGGCGCUAGUAUUAAUCUAAUGCCAUUUUCUGUAUUUAGAAGGUUGGGUAUGCAAGAACCCAAGCCAACUUCAAUUUCUCUGCAGCUUGCUGAUCGCUCGAUAACGUAUCCUAGAGGCAUAGUGGAGGAUGUCCUGGUCAAGGUGGAUAAGUUCAUAUUCCCUGCAGAUUUCAUUGUUCUUGACAUGGAAGAGGAUGACGAAGUACCCAUCAUACUAGGAAGGCCUUUCCUAGCUACAGGAAGAACGAUAAUAGAUGUUCAGCAGGGGAAGCUUACAUUAAGAUUGAACGAAGAGGAAGUAGUAUUUAAAGUUUUUAAUUCACUUAAGCAUCCAUCUACCUUUGAUUCUUGUAAUUUUGUGUCAACUGCAGAUGUUACCUCCCUCUCCCUGAAUGUACCCCAGGUACAAGAUGGAUUAAUGAAAGAUGUAUUGGAGAGAAUACUUACAUUGGAAAGGAGGGAUUUGCACGACACUGAAGAAAUAAUAGAUGAGAUUUUAGCAUUGAACAGUGGGGUACCUGGAAGAUGGUUUGGGCGAAGGAUAUUUGAAGAUCUAGGAGAACACUCUCGGAAAAGAGCCAAGCCAUUAGUCGAAGAACCUCCUGAAAUAGAGCUCAAACCUCUUCCUUCGAAUCUUAAAUAUGCCUUUUUACACCCUCCAUCUCACUUACCUGUAAUUAUUUCUGCCAAUUUGAUAGGUAGCAUGGAGGACAAGCUUCUGAGAGUACUAAGAGAGAACAAGGAGGCUUUCGGGUAG